CGUAUGAGGUCAUAUGUUUGACACGCCGGAGCACCCGUAUUGUACGUCACUGUGGCGGCUUUACGUGAAUAUGGCGGAGGCUUCCUCACUCUCUCGCUAUUUCUGUCACCGCUGUUCGGCCGAGAUUCUCCCCAGGCUACCUGAAUAUACAUGUCCAAGAUGUGAUUCUGGCUUCAUAGAAGAACUACUCGAUCACGUACCAAGAAAUACUGAAAAUGGCUCCAGUUCAACAGCUUCCACAAGUGACCAGACUCGACAGUUAUUCGAGGGUUUGGACCAGCACUUGCUAUCCUUACCACAAGGUAGUUAUGGACAGUUUACAUUCGGCAUUCUGGAUGAUCCCUUUGACCCCUUUUCCUUUGGAACUAACCAGACCUCAGAAGAGAAUAGAGAUUCUGAGAAUAGGAGGGAUCGCGAACACCAGUCACGGCCACGAUAUAGCUCUAGGCAACCCAGAGCACCCAGGUUUCCAUCACGGCGUCCUACAGCACGAAAUGAAGGAGUGCCAACUCUAGAGGGAAUUAUUCAACAAUUGGUUAAUGGAAUCAUUGCACCUACAGCAGUGCCAAACUUGGGAUUAGGUCCAUGGGGUGUCUUACAUUCAAAUCCAAUGGAUUAUGCAUGGGGAGCCAAUGGCUUGGACACAAUCAUUACACAGGUAGUUAAUCUGCUUCUGAACCAGUUUGAAAAUACUGGCCCACCUCCGGCAGACAAAGAGAAAAUCAAGACACUUCCUACGGUAGAAAUAACAGAUGAGCAUGUAGGUUCUGGUGUAGAAUGCCCUGUGUGUAAAGAAGAUUACAGCAUUGGAGAAUCUGUUAGGCAACUUCCAUGCAACCAUUUAUUCCAUAAUGAUUGUAUAAUACCUUGGCUAGAAAUGCAUGAUACCUGUCCAGUGUGUCGGAAAAGCUUAAGUGGGCAAAACACAGCAACGAAUCCUCCUGAUUUAUCAAGAAUGAACUUCUCCUCUUCUUCAUCCUCCUCUGCUUCAAGUUCACCGAGUAAUGAGAAUUCAACAAACAAUUCCUGAAUUUGAGCAAAAACAUCUAAGGUUUACUGUUUUCAUAUGCAACAGUGUUUGAUGACUACCAUGAAACAUUUUAUAAUUUAAAUUAUUGUAUUAUGCAUGGCACAAAGAAAGCCAGAGUAAAUGGAGUUUUUUAACAAAGAACUCUUUUCUAAAUCUCUACUCGAACAUGAAUACCCACUUUUCCUUUUCAAGAUUUGUUUUAUAGAUUUAACUUCUGGGACCGAUUUAAAACUUUACUUAUCGACAAGCUGCUAUGUUCAACUAUUUCAUCUCACUUGGGUGGAAAAAGCCCUGUGUGCACAUUGCUGUAUUCAUACUGCUGUGAAUUAGCUUAAGCAGUGAAAGAUGGCUGCUGUUCAUUAUUUCACAAAAAUAUAUAGAUCUUUAACCUUUGUAAUGUGUUUUAAGAUUAAUGCAGCUGUUGAACUUUGGGUAUUGUUCAAUUUUAUAGACCUGAAUUUUUGUUGUUCUCAUACUAAAAGGGAUUUUUUUUUUCAAAAUCUUUUUUUUGAUUGGUUGUUUUAUAGAUACUAUGGAAAGCUCAAUGAUAGCCAACAUCUUCCCAUUUUUGUUUAAUAGUAAAUGGGGGGCUGUUUGCUUCAAAUCAAGAGACUGGAGAUGGGACUGUUUGGAUUGGGGUGGGAAAGAAGAUAUAUCUAAAGAUUUAUAUUAAAGCAUUGAAGUGGUAAUUGAUUACGUGCCGACUAAAAAUUCUUUUUAAUGACUAUUCCUUGUGUUGAAUCUGAAAAUGUGUCAAUCAUGGAAGAAGUGCAAUGCCUCUACUGAUAUAAUUGGAGCAGUUUAUGACAGUACAGUUGCCUUACCUUAGCAGCAGCUGGACUAUCAGUCAUCAGUCACUUCCUAUUUUAAAAAGCCAGAUUGGCUCACUGGCUCACUGUAAAGCAUUUUGUAUUAGUGGGUUUUCUGGCGAGAUGUCAAACCUCAGGGUAUGCCCGAAGGUAUGCUUGUCAGUAGGUAACAUACAAUCUUCUCAAAUUGCUAACGCAAUGUUUAGAAAUGUGUUCCAAGCAAAUAACAAGUAAUUUUGUGGAAUUUACUGAGUCUGUUAAUACUGUAUCAACCAUUAAUUGUAUACAAGUUGGUGAAUAAUCAUUUUUUUUAAAAAAAGUGGUGUCCUCCUUGAUUUUUGUGUGCAUACGAUCAGCAAAUCUUCUCUUAAAAGGCAAACCUAAAUGAUCAAUGAUGUGAAAAGUGAUUUCCAACUUCAAUAAUCAUCAUAGUAGAAGCUUCUCAUCCUUAAGCAUCUAGAUAUUUUUUCCACUGACCUUUUAGAAAAUCUAUAUGACUGUGUGUAUUUUGGUAACACAUAACCUGCAGGUAAGAGAUGUCUAUGACUGUACCAUGGUUAUGUGAUGUGAAUUGUCCUGUGCUUUUAACACAAGAUAAGGGUAUACUGUCAGUCUAAAGUAAGGAAUAGUUAAGAGGAAAAUAUGUUUUCUAGUUUAUAAUUCAACAUCUGUCUCUUACAUUUGUUUUAAGCUUGCGUUUUUUUUUAGAUCAAUAUAAGAGCUUUCCUUUUAAUUUUGCCAUCUGCCUGGAGAUCUAGAAUCUAGCACUUGGGAACGUACAACUGGAUCACCUUAGUUCAUGUGGGUUGUUUGCAAAUGGGCUUCAACUAGCCCACAUAGACUUAGUUGUCUGCAGGGUAACACAUUUAAAUCUGAAAAUCAGAUGAGCUGAGUAACACAUGGAAACUGAAAUGAUGAGACUCUAAUGUAGCUGCAGAAUUUGCAUGAAGUUUAAAGUUGCCUACUAAAGAAGAGGCUCUUUUUGGAAAAAAAAUGCUCAGCAGUAAUUUAUGUAUAACACUUUGUCAUGACCUCCAUACAUUUCUUAUUAGAAGGGCAACAUAUGUACAUAUGUCAUUUGUUAAUGUAUAUCUAUGACAAUAUCUGUAUAUUAUUAUUGGGUUGUGGUAUGUGUCAGAUCUUGAUUCCAUAUUUGUAUUUUAAACCAGUCUCGGAGACUUAAAACAACAAAUAUUACUUUAGUUUUGAUUGUGGUGAUUUGGAGCUGGACUCAAAUCUGUGUUCAGGGCAAUUUUGAGGACUUAGAUCUUGGUAACUAAUGCAAGUAUGAAAAGAAGAUUCUCUAUUAAUUUAGCAGUUGGUCCUGAUUUGGUGUUAUUUCUCACCCUACGUAAAAUCUUUAAAAGUAGAUUCUGCAGAAGGAUGACUGCAGUCAUGCAGGUGUGUGAACAUUGCCACUCAAACUUAGAUAAGUGCUUUGUAAUUUGAUUUCUGGCUUUUGUGUUGAUCUCAGCUGUUGUAUUACUCACUGACAAGUAUAUCAAGUAUAUUAUUUUUCCAGCACAUAAUUGGUACCCUGAAUACUUCAAGGCAUCUGAAAAAUAUUUCUGACACCAAUAAAUCUUUGGAAUUUUAAAAAACCUAUAUUCUGCAUUUUGCAUUCAGCACUUUUUCAUUUGAACAAUUUAGUAGACUUAAGACCAAUUCUUUCCCCUUCAUCUACUUGCCCUGAUUUUGAGAUCAUUUUGAAGAUGCGUUGCACAUUAAUAGACUGACUUUUAGGUACAUUUUAAUUUAAAAAAAAUAAAGAUUUACUUACCA